AUGAAGAUUGCGAUCGGUUCCGACCAUGCCGGGUUUGAGUACAAGGGCAAAUUGAUGUCUUUGCUGGCGUACCUGGGCCACGAGGCGUUGGACUACGGCGCCUAUUCUGAGGAGUCAACCGAUUACCCAGAAUGGAUAAGGCCCGUUGCAGAGGCGGUGGCCCGCGGCGAGGUUGACCGGGGCAUCGUCCUGGGCGGCUCCGGCAAUGGCGAAGCCAUCGUUGCGAACCGCGUGCCGGGAGUCCGGUGCACUCUUUGCUGGAACGUCGACUCCGCUCGCUACGGCCGCCAGCACAACGACUCUAACGUCCUGUCCAUGGGGCAGCGGCUGGUGACGUGGGAAGAAGCGCGCGCGAUAGUGGAUGCCUGGCUGACCACCGAGUUUGAAGGCGGUCGCCACCUGCGAAGGAUCAACCAGAUCGACAACCCCGACGCCGAUUAG